CAGAGCACACGGGAUAGCCUUAGCUUUUGUUCUGUUUUCUGAGGACGGGUUUGAGGUUUAGCUAAACAUUUGAGUGUUUUCAGUGAAAAUGUCUUCAGUUCCGCCUCAGAGAGAGUUUAUCAACGAGCAGGUAACUCCUGCUGGAGAAACAUUCACAGAGUGGAAAGAAAUCAACGUUAAGAUGGAGGAAGAGAUGGAGGAUCAGCGCAGACUGAUGGAUUUUACCCGGAUACCGAGGAUCAUCUUACACCGGAUAGGUCUGUGUAAAGAGGAGGAGGUUCUCAAAGAACCCAGCAACCAGGUGGAAAACUCCACGUUAGAUCAAGAGAAACCAGAACCUCUGCAGCUAAAACAAGAAAAAGAAGAACCAGAACCUCUGCAGAUAAAACAAGAAAAAAAAGAACCAGAACCUCUGCAGAUAAAAAAAGAAAAAGAAGAACCAGAACAUCUGCAGAUAAAACAAGAACAAGAGGAACCAGAACAUCAACAGUUCAAAGAGGAAGAGAAGCAACUCUGCAUCAGUCAGGAUGAAGAGCAUCUUGUGCUGAAACAGGAGACUGAUCAUAUUUUGAUGAUUCCUUAUAAUAUGAACAGAAUCCACAAUGAAACAGAACCACAGAUGAACCAACUCAUCUCUCUUGACUCUGCUGAAACUAACCAGGAUGAGAAAGGAAGCAAUUUUGAAGAUCCAGGAAAAAAGAGAAACGAAGAACAAAAACAAAAUGAGAGAAGUCAGAAAACCAAAAGCACAACCGAAAGUUCAAACCAAAAAUUAUAUUCUUGUAAAAUUUGUAACAAAAUCUUUCCGCGAAAGAAUUCUUUGCCUAGACACAUGAGAAUUCACACGGGAGAGAAACCUUUCACAUGUACAACCUGUGGAAACAGUUACAGAUACAAGAAAAAUUUAAUUUAUCACUUAAAAAUUUACAGAGGUGAAAAACCAUUCACAUGUUCAAUCUGUGGAAAACAAUACCAUUUAAAGGACAGUUUAAAGAAUCACAUGAGGAUUCACACGGGUGAGAAGCUUUUCACGUGUGGGAUCUGUGGAAAAAGUUUCCCUCAAAAUGGUAAUCUUUCUGCACACUUUAAAGUUCACGAAGGUCGGAAGUCUUUUUCUUGUGUGACUUGUGGAAAAUCUUUUCGGUUUCAAUCUCAUUUCCUUCGUCAUGUUAGAAGUCACACAGGUGAGAAGCCUUUCUCUUGUGUGAUGUGUGGAAAAAGUUUCACUCGGAGAAGCAAUUUAGCUGUUCAUAUCAGAGAGCACAUGAUGGCAUAAUUUAAGCCUUAAGUAUAAAUUUUCUCAGUGACUUGCUGUUUGGAAGUGGAGUAUUUAUAGCUGGAUGACAUUUAGAAAAUGUAGCAGCUUUGUUAAAACAUCAUUUCAAAUAAGAAAUCAUUUUGUUCUGGUAGUUUUACCUUUCCAUCUAAAUGUUUCUUUUUAAGUGACAUUGUUUCCAUAUUAAUUGUUUCUUAUUUGAAAAAUGAAUUUGAAUGCUUUAGGAGUUAUUAAGAACAUUGUAUUUUGUAUUACUUUGAUGAUUUUGGUUAGCAGAUACAUGUUAGCUCUUAGUGAAUGCAAUGUAUGUGCUGGUAGGUUACAAAUGAAUUGCCCCUUGGGAAGAAUAUGUUUGUCUAAAUUUGAAUCUGAAUAUCAUAUUUUUUUUUAUUUUCUGUUUGAGAUUCAGGACAAAAAUAAAUAUUUCUGUUGUUUUGAUGGCAACGAUGCAGACAUGAGGUUUAUUCAGUCAUAGUUAAGUCUGAGAAUUGUCUUUUUGUGUAAACGUGCAUUAUCUCUGUCCUUGUAAAAAUGACUCUACAUAGUAAAGUUUUGUUUAAGUAGUUUUAUUUUCAUUCAGUAGCAGAUUUCAGACUGGGUUUUGUUGGUUCACAAUUCUAUUUGUCUAUUUUGUUUUUCC